UCUGAUAGUUUUUCACAAUUGGUAUGUAAUCUCAAACUUGGCGUCAAACUAUCUAAUCACUGAAACCAGCAAAACAAUUUUUUUAUCGGAACAAAUGAUGACAUCAAAUUAUUGAUAAAAGAUGUUCUUCAUUUGAUUACUUUUCCACCGUAAACUUCGUCUCUUCAAAUUUAUAAAUGUGGAAUCGUAACCUUUAGCGUUUUAUAUGACUACUAAACUGAAAGGUAAAAAUAAACUUCAGCAUGUCGUGAUUUAAAUGUUUAAUCGAACUAUAUUGCGACUUUUCCAACGAAAUUCAAAAUUUCGUUCAGUUAUAAUAUAGCGCUCACGAUGAAACCAAUCUUACUGGCGUUUCUUAUAUUCUAUACUAUCUUCAGUGAAGCUUUUUGUGGAAUUAAAGACGACUGGCAACAAUUUAAGCUAGUCUACAAUAAAUCUUACAAAAACAAAGCAGAAGAGAGGAAAAGAUUUAAUGCUUUCAAAAAUAAUAUGAAGGAAAUAAAAGAUCAUAAUAGACGUUUUGAAAAUGGCUUAACGACUUUUAAAAAAGGUAUCACGGUUUUCGCAGAUUUAUCUAAAGCACAAUUUAACAAAAAAUAUAAACUAGAAAGACACGGACCGAUGAAAAGAUAUCGUAUUUUCAAAAAUAAAAGAAAAAUUGAUAGGAAUUUAACUGUUGUAUAUUUGGAUUGGAGAAAGAGAGGGGCGGUUACACAUGUCAAAGAUCAAGGGUUGUGUGGAUCCUGUUGGAUAUUCAGCGGUAUCGGUGUUUUGGAAGGGUACAAUUUCAGAAAAACCGGCGAGCUAAUAUCUCUGAGCGAACAAAACGUUGUCGACUGUUUUUCCAACACGUCUUGUCUAGGAGGAUUUCCAGGAGACACGCUUACUUACGUACAAGAAAAUGGUGUAAGUACGGAAAACGAGUAUCCCUAUCGAGACAAACAGAUGUCUUGUAAACCCUCUACGGAGAAAAUAAAAAUUAACUUCAUCACUUACGAUUACAUUAACGGAACGGAGGAAGAUUUGAGAAAAGCAUUGGAAACAUACGGACCGAUUAGUGUUAGUAUGUAUGUUGAUGCUAGAUUGCGACUAUACACUGAAGGAAUUUGGUAUGAAAAAUGGUGUUCGGACAUAUCCAAUCACGCCAUGCUUUUAAUUGGUUACGGAACGGAAAGAGGUCAAGAUUAUUGGUUGAUAAAAAAUUCUUGGGGUACUAAAUGGGGUGAAGAUGGUUAUUUAAAAGUGGCCAGAAACAGACAUAACAAUUAUUGUGGUUUAACUAAUGAAUCAAUAUACAUAAUUUGAAUGUUAUAAUAUUAGUAUUAUAUUAAAUAUAUUAAUUAGUU